AUGGAAAAGACGGGAGAUUUAAAGCUGGUCCCAAGGGACGAAGAAGAAAUAAUAAAUGACAAUGACGAGACUAAGGCACCUAGUGAUGAAGAAGAAGGUGAAGAUGUUUUUGACUCUUCUGAGGAGGAUGAGGACAUUGACGAAGAUGAGGAUGAGGCAAGGAAAGUGCAAGAGGGCUUCAUUGUUAAUGAUGAUGAUGAAAAUGAAGACUCAGGAACGAGCAUUUCCAAAAAAAGAAGAAAGCAUAAGAGAAGAGAAAGAGAGGAAGAUGAUCGACUCUCCGAAGACGAUUUGGAUCUAUUAAUGGAAAAUGCUGGUGUUGAACGUACCAAGGCAAGCUCCUCUUCUGGGAAGUUCAAGAGAUUAAAGAGAGUGGCAGAUGAAGGAAAUACGGCCGAAUCAGAAGGUGAAAAUGUCGCCGAUUCCAGGCAAGAUUCUACGUCCAAAUUGGAAGAUUUCUUUUCUGAGGAUGACGAAGAAGAGGAAGCCGUUUUGCGUAAAGGCAGAAAUAAUGAAUAUGGACGCGAUGAAGAAGGUCAUGAAAAUAGGGACAGGACGGCCGAUAAAGGUGGAAUCCUGGACGAAUUGGAUGACUUCAUUGAAGAUGAUGAAUUUUCUGAUGAAGAUGACGAAACCAGACAAAGGAGAAUUCAAGAAAAGAAACUUUUAAGAGAACAAGCCACUAAGCAACCUGCGCAGAUCACAGGUUUAUCAUCUGAUAAAAUCGACGAAAUGUACGACAUAUUCGGUGAUGGUCACGACUAUGACUGGGCUUUAGAAAUUGAAAAUGAAGAGCUAGAAAAUGGUAACGAGAACAAUGAACCUGAAGAAGAAGAGAUUGAUGAAGAAACCGGUACCAUAAAGAGUACAAAGAAGAAGAUUUCUUUACAAGAUAUUUACGAUUUGGAAGAUUUGAAAAAGAACUUAAUGACUGAAGGAGACAUGAAGAUUAGAAAGACAGAUAUUCCAGAAAGAUACCAAGAAUUAAGGGCAGGUAUUACAGAUUACGGAAACAUGUCAUCCGAAGAUCAAGAAUUGGAAAGAAAUUGGAUAGCGGAAAAAAUUUCAGUGGACAAAAAUUUCGAGGCCAACUAUGAUCUUACUGAAUUCAAAGAGGCGAUUGGAAAUGCAAUCAAAUUUAUCACCAAAGAAAACUUAGAAGUUCCUUUUAUUUAUGCUUAUCGUCGUAACUACAUUUCUUCAAGAGAAAAGGACGGAUUCCUCUUAACUGAAGAUGACCUUUGGGAAAUUGUCAGCCUCGAUAUUGAAUUUCAUAGUCUUGUGAACAAAAAGGAUUACGUGAAGAGAUUUUAUGAAGAGUUACACGUUGAUGAUCCGAUCGUCAGUGAAUACUUUAAGAAUCAGAAUACUGCAUCCAUUGCUGAAUUGAAUUCUCUACAAGAUAUAUAUGAUUACCUGGAAUUCAAGUAUGCCAAUGAAAUCAAUGAGAUGUACAUAAAUCACACUGGUAAGACUGGGAAAAAGCAUUUGAAAAAUUCUAGUUAUGAAAAGUUCAAAGCUAGCCCCCUUUACCAGGCGGUGAAUGACAUUGGUAUAUCUGCAGGGGAUGUCGGUGAAAAUAUCAGCUCUCAACAUCAAAUUCACCCUCCUGUAGAUCACCCAAGUUUCAAACCGGUAGAAGUGAUUGAAUCUAUAUUAAAUGCGAACAGCGGUGAUUUGCAAGUAUUUACCUCUAAUACUAAACUAGCAAUUGAUACAGUACAAAAAUAUUAUUCUUUGGAACUAUCUAAGAAUACCAAGAUAAGGGAGAAGGUUAGAUCCGAUUUUUCUAAAUAUUAUUUGGCUGACGUUGUGUUGACUGCUAAAGGUAAGAAAGAAAUUCAAAAAGGAUCUUUAUAUGAAGACAUAAAAUAUGCUAUUAAUAGAACUCCAAUGCACUUUCGAAGGGAUCCAGAUGUUUUUCUAAGAAUGAUCGAGGCAGAGUCCUUGAAUCUGCUGAGUGUUAAAUUGCACAUGUCGUCUCAAGCUCAGUACAUAGAACAUUUGUUUCAAAUUGCACUUGAAACCACCAACACCUCGGACAUUGCGGUCGAAUGGAACAAUUUCCGUAAACUGGCUUUCAACCAAGCAAUGGAUAAAAUUUUCCAAGAUAUUUCUCAAGAAGUUAAAGACAAUUUGACGAAAAACUGUCAAAAACUGGUCGCCAAAACUGUUCGCCACAAGUUCAUGACAAAAUUAGACCAAGCGCCAUUUAUUCCUAACGUCAGAGAACCAAAAAUCCCAAAAAUCUUGACUCUAACUUGUGGUCAGGGUAGGUUUGGAGCUGACGCUAUUAUUGCUGUCUACGUCAAUAGAAAGGGUGAUUUCGUAAGGGAUUACAAGAUCGUUGAUAAUCCAUUUGAUAAAAUGAAUCCUGAAAAAUUUGAAGAUACCUUGGAUAAUAUUAUUCAAAGUUGUCAACCAAAUGCCAUAGGUAUCAAUGGUCCUAACCCAAAGACACAAAAGUUUUACAAAAAAUUACAAGAGGUCUUACAUAAGAAGCAAAUUGUUGACAGUAGGGGACAUACUAUUCCGAUUAUUUACGUUGAGGAUGAGGUGGCUAUCCGCUACCAAAAUUCGGAGAGAGCCGCUCAAGAAUUUCCAAACAAACCACCUCUAGUUAAAUACUGUAUUUCCUUAGCACGUUACAUGCAUUCCCCUUUGUUAGAAUACGCCAAUUUGUCAAGCGAAGAAGUGAAAUCGUUGUCAAUUCACCCACAUCAAAACCUAUUAUCCUCGGAGCAGCUAACUUGGGCUCUUGAAACAGCGUUUGUUGACAUUGUCAACUUGGUAAGUGUCGAAGUUAACAGGGCUACUGAUAAUAAUUACUAUGCUAGCGCGCUUAAGUACAUCUCUGGUUUUGGCAAACGUAAAGCUAUUGAUUUUUUACAAUCACUUCAAAGGUUAAAUGAACCAUUAUUAGCUCGCCAGCAGUUAAUUACUCAUAACAUCCUUCACAAAACCAUUUUCAUGAAUUCUGCUGGUUUCCUCUACAUUUCGUGGAAUGAAAAGAGACAAAAAUACGAAGAUUUGGAGCAUGAUCAAUUAGACAGCACAAGGAUUCAUCCAGAAGACUAUCAUUUGGCCACUAAGGUUGCCGCAGAUGCUUUGGAAUAUGAUCCUGAUACUAUCGCCGAGAAAGAGGAGCAAGGAACAAUGAGUGAGUUUAUUGAAUUGCUAAGAGAAGACCCAGAUCGUAGAGCUAAGCUAGAAUCAUUAAAUUUAGAAUCGUAUGCCGAAGAACUUGAAAAAAACACAGGGUUAAGGAAACUCAAUAAUUUGAAUACAAUCGUUCUUGAAUUAUUAGAUGGGUUCGAAGAAUUAAGAAACGACUUCCAUCCCCUGCAGGGUGAUGAAAUCUUCCAAAGUUUAACCGGUGAAUCUGAAAAGACCUUUUUCAAGGGCAGCAUUAUUCCAGUCAGGGUAGAAAGAUUCUGGCACAACGAUAUAGUUUGUACUACAAACUCUGAAGUUGAAUGUGUGGUAAAUGCCCAGCGUCACGCAGGCGCACAAUUCAGAAGGCCAGCAAAUGAAAUUUACGAAAUUGGAAAAACUUAUCCUGCAAAGGUGAUAUAUAUAGAUUAUGCUAAUAUUACUGCAGAAGUUUCCUUAUUAGACCAUGAUGUAAAACAACAAUAUGUUCCAAUAAGUUACAGUAAAGAUCCUUCCAUUUGGGACUUGAAACAGGAGUUGGAAGAUGCGGAAGAGGAAAGGAAACUGAUGAUGGCAGAGGCCCGUGCAAAGAGAACCCAUCGUGUCAUCAAUCAUCCUUACUAUUUUCCCUUCAAUGGCAAACAAGCUGAAGAUUAUUUGAGGAGUAAAGAGCGCGGAGAAUUUGUCAUCAGACAAUCAAGCCGAGGUGAUGAUCACCUGGUUAUCACAUGGAAGUUGGAUAAGGAUUUAUUUCAACACAUUGAUAUUCAAGAAUUAGAAAAAGAAAAUCCAUUGGCUUUAGGUAAAGUGCUAGUUGUCGACAACCAGAGGUACAAUGAUUUAGAUCAAAUUAUUGUAGAAUACUUACAGAACAAAGUAAGAUUGUUAAAUGAAAUGACUUCCAGCGAAAAAUUCAAAAGUGGAACUAAAAAGGAUGUGGUAAAGUUUAUUGAAGAUUACUCAAGAGUCAAUCCAAACAAAUCUGUCUAUUACUUCAGCCUGAACUACGAUAAUCCUGGUUGGUUUUACUUGAUGUUCAAGAUUAAUGCAAACAGCAAAUUGUAUACAUGGAAUGUGAAACUAACAAACACUGGUUAUUUCUUAGUGAACUACAACUAUCCAAGUGUGAUUCAACUUUGUAACGGUUUCAAAACUCUUUUAAAAUCCAACAGUAGCAAAAGUAGGAUGAAUAACUAUCAUUAA